CUCAAUCGCGAUGCGCGUUCCAGGUUAACGGCGUCGACCAUGGGAUCCGAUGGAGAUCUCUCGGGCUCGUAAGAAGCUUGCUCCUUACUCAAUCUUUUUUUCUUUUGAGAACUUUGCGAUUGCGUAUCCGCAGGGCAGGUAGUCGCAAUGGGCAAACACCACCUCAUGAUCGGGACGUGGACGCCGCCGGGGGUCAUCAUCACGGUGGCUUUUGAUGACGAGAAGCUGACGCUGGAGUUGGUGAAGAAGACGGAGAUUCCGGCGGAUGAGCCGAUUAGUUGGAUGGCUUUCGAUCACCAGAGGAAGAACAUCUAUGGCGCGAGUAUGAAGAAGUGGAGUAGCCAUAGGGUGGACAGCCCGAGCGACAUUGUGCACACUGGGAGUUUUGAGAUCGGGGGCCAUCCAAAGGCGAAUGACGUCGACACCAAAACCCGCGCCAUCUUCCUCCUCCCCGCGCGCAAGCCGCCCUACGCCGUGUACUGCAACCCCUUCUACGACUACGCGGGCUACGGCAACAUCUUCAGCACCAACCCCGACGGCUCGCUCAUGCAGAACAUCCAGAACUACGAAUACUGCGACAAGUCCGCAAUCCACGGCAUGGUCUUCGACCCGACCGAGACAUACCUCUACAGCGCAGACAUGUGGGCGAACCGCAUAUGGUGCCACAAGAAGAUCGACGAGGAAGGGCGGCUAGAGACGGUGGGGUUUACAGAAGCGGAGGGCGCGAAGGACCACCCGCGAUGGGUCGAGAUGCAUCCCAGCGGCCGCUAUUUGUACGCGCUUAUGGAGGCGGGGAAUCGGGUUUGCGAGUAUGUGGUGGAUCCGAAGACGCGGCUGCCGGUUUAUACGCAUAGGUGGUGGCCGCUGAUACCGCCUGACAUUCCCAACCCCCACAUGUACCGCUCCGACGUCGUCUUCCUCACACAAUCUGCACGCUACCUCUUCGCCACCUCGCGCGCCAACUCCUUCUCGCUCACAGGCUACAUCGCCGCCUUUGCUAUUUCGCCCUCGGGCGCUAUCGAGCGCCAGAUCUGCCUCAAUCCGACGCCUACGUCCGGCGGGCACUCGAAUGCGGUGAGCCCGUGUCCGUGGACGGAUGAGUGGCUGGCGUUGACGGAUGAUGAGAAGGGAGGCGUCGAGAUUUACAGAUGGCAUAAGGAGUUCUUGGCGCGGGUUGCGAGGCUGGAGGUCGGCGAGAAGGGGUUCGGGAUGAAUGCUAUUUGGUAUGAUUGAGUGUAGAGGCAGGAUGAGGGGCGGAGCUAAGAAGGAAUGGGCAGCACUUAGAAAUAUAGAAAUAGACUACGUUGGUAAUCCUCAAGACAUGCAUUCCAG